UCAAUCAGUUCUUGAUUUUCUGGACAACUAACCAAAUCGAAGCCUCCUCAACUAACCAUGCUUAACAUUGUUCUUCUCAUUGCUCUUCUGGCAGUUUUCCACACGACGCUUGCAUCUAAUGGCGUCUGCCAAAUCACCAAAAAGCCUCUGAUGCUUCCGGCUCCAGGCGAUGUCUACAAGAAGCCAGUGCAGUUUUACACGAAUGUCACAGUGCCAGUGUUCGCUCCAGUGGUAUCACCUCUCGAGGUCUACACAAACACCACCAAGGCAACUGCUUUUGCUCCAGCUCAGAACAUCAAAGUGGCUGCUAUUCUUGAAGAAGAUGCUGAUGCAAUUCAUGUUAAGUCAAUGAGAAUCGCUGGAUUCAUUGCACAAUCCAUCCUAUUUUUGUUUGUCUACACAAUUGUCACUAUGGAUGUUGAGAAUUUCGAAGAAUCUGAAGCAGAGGUUCCCGUCUUCAAGCUCUACAGAGCCCGUGAGAUUCAGACAUGCCCACUGCCAGCUCGACAAAAUGUGAUGAUCGUGAGACAAUUCGUGGAAAUGGAAUCGAACUGCUGAAAACUGUCAGAACAGUGAUAAAGAAAUAAAUAUUUUCCUGAAUU